AUGAUAAAAAUCUGUUUGACUCUUAACAUUCUUUUUUGCAUUCUUGCUCAGUCAAUGGUUCUCUUUGCAGGUGGCUGUGUUGUGGCACCAAUCUAUCGACUGUGGCUUCUCAAGAAUGUUUCUGCUAAAACAGUUACUAAUAAUUCGACAAAAAUUAUUAGAAAUACAUGUCGAAAAAUACAGGGGCGUUUUCUUCUAGCGAGUUUUAUUUGUGGUCCAUUGUGUACGGGAUUGUAUGUGUAUUUCAAUUCACUGGAUAGAAAGAGGGCCAAAGAACUCUGCUAUCAAAUUCGGUGUACGGAACAAAUGAUGGUUUGGAAAAAUCCGAGAAGUAGCUCGGACAACCAACCGAAGGAUGAAGCAUCGUCUCAUAUUACUGCGGUCUUCAAAUUUCAGGAUCGCGCUGCCUUUUCACUCGGAUUUAUUGGCUGGUACUGGAAGCGUUUUCAGGGUGCUGUGGACGGUAUCAAUCUUGCAUCUUUGUACGCCGCAUAUUAUUUUACGGUACAAAAGAAGCUGACGAAUGCGCCAUCGACAGACAAAAUCAAACCAUCGCAGCGACCAGGAACGUUGGAAGAAGCUGAAGAAGCAAAGAAAACCUUGUCUUUUUUAACCAAAAGAACCCCAGCAAGCAUCACUCCGGGAUCGUCUUCUCCGAAUCUCGAAUAA